AUGGAGGUGACACACGCAGUUGAGUUCCUGCUGCUGGUUCUUCUGGAGAAACUGUCUUGGAGCGACACAAAAGUGGUUCUUCCAGAUGCUAAUGUCACCUGCAUCAUCCCUGAAGACUGCAUCCUGCCCUGCAGCUUUAAACCCACCAGCACCGUGGUAAUCCACUGGUACAAGCAGCAAAUCCCUGUCCACAGCUACUACUACAACAAGGAUCAGUUUGGGCUGCAGAACAAGCAUUUCAGCGGACGGACAGGCCUGUUCAACUCUCACAUCCCUCACGGCAAUGCCUCCCUGCUCCUCAGAAGGGUGAAAGUUCAGGACAGGGGGAGGUACAAGUGCUACACCAGUACACGGAAACGCAACCAGGAGAUGUUUGUCAACCUGGAGGUGAAAGCUCCUAUUCAGACGGUGACUAUUACUAUGACAGACGAGUGGGUCACUUGCUCUUCGCAGAACGUUUACCCCGUACCUCAGAUAUCAUGGGCCACAAACCCCCCCUCAGCCCAGGAUGUUAUUGGAAAUUCCACCAUCAGAACCACCGACCACAAGGGUCUGUUUACUGUGGAGAGUAUGGUGAGGAUUGUGGGUAAUCUCACCAGCUAUACCUACCUCUGCUCUUUUAAAUCGGCUGACAAAACUCAAGUUUGGACGGCUUCAUGGAAGAACCAAGAGGGUUUAACCCACGAGGAAGGUCGUCCGCUGCUCAUCCCCUGCAACGCUCCUCAAAUGCUCCUCAACUUUUCCCUCUCUUGGACCUUCUCCUCCUCCAGUGAGCCCACACUCAUCUUGAAAUAUGACAACAGAACCAGACACACUGUAAACCAGUGGGAGGGUCAAGCAGAACUGGACCAGGACUUGGUUCUGCUGGGGGACGCAUCUCUUCUACUUAAGAAGCCCGACAGUCAAGAUCAUUCUGGGACGUAUACCUGCACGUUCUCAACCUUAAACAGCAAACACAUCCUUCAAACCAACGUCAACAUCACUGUAGCAGCAAUGAGUGUGGAUGAGCAAAGCAUGCAGAGAUCCUGGUGGAGCACCGCAGCUUCUGCAGCGUUUGUCCUGUUUACCGUUAUUGUGGCUCUGCUUCAGUGUGUUAAGCAAAACGCAAAAGCAAACAGCACCACCUCACACAGACACAACGGAACCGGAGUUAUUGAGGGGGGACUUCUCCUUUACAUGGACCUGAACCCACAUGGUGCUGAACUGGAUAAGGAACGAGCACACGAUCAGGCCAGCAGCCUCGUGACCGGGCUGGACGACUCUGACAGGACUUUGGGGGCGAGUCCUGAGGCUGAGCAGGAGGAGGAACCUGUAGAACCUGCAGGGGACGCAAACGAAGAGCAACGAUUUGACUGUAGUGAACCAGUGUGAUGCUGCAGACGCUCCAGUCAGAACCAGUGAAGAAUUUAAAUACAAGAGAUCGUAUCGAUGAGUGUAGACGGAAAUGUGCUGUUUUCUUUUAACACUUUAACUUUAGAUUAUUUAUUUUUGAUUUCCAUGAACAGAGAAAAACAUGGCUGUCCAAGGUAAUUUUAUUUGUUUUCCAUGUUCGUGAAAUUCUUAUAAUUGGAUUAAACCUUAAUUAAAAAGCAGAAGAAUUGUCCUACUAAUAGUUCAAGAGCAAUUUGACAUGAGGAAGCAAGAUAUUAAAGUUUACCUUCACAGAAAGGUCAGGAUUGUUAUUCUCUUUAAAACUUAGACUCAUCUAUGCAUCACAGUAACUGAAA